AUGAAAUUUGGGAAAUUGUCACUGUUUCUUUGUUUCAGUGUUUUCUGUUAUGCAGUGAUUGCUGUACCCGAGACUUGUCCUGCUGCUAAUGUUGGUAAAUGCGGGGAUCCAGAUGAUUGGGAAGGGGAGUUUUUCCCUGGCAUUUCCAAAAUUAAAUACGAGGGGCCUUCGAGUAAGAAUCCGCUGUCAUUUAAAUGGUAUAAUGCAGAAGAGGAAAUUCUUGGGAAGAAGAUGAAGGAUUGGUUCAGAUUUAGUGUUGCAUUUUGGCAUACAUUCCGUGGAACAGGUGGUGACCCAUUCGGCGCACCUACCAAACAUUGGCCAUGGGAAGAUGGUACCAAUUCAGUAAGCAUGGCUAAAAGAAGGAUGAGAGCAAAUUUUGAGUUCAUAAACAAACUCGGUGUCGACUUUUGGUGCUUUCACGAUAGGGAUAUCGCACCUGAUGCACCAACUCUUGAGGAAACAAAUGCAAACCUGGAUGAAGUGGUGGCUCUUGCUCAAGAGCUUCAGACUAAGAAUAAAAAGAGUGUUUUAUGGGGAACAGCUCAGUUGUUCAUGCAUCCUCGCUAUAUGCACGGUGGUGCUACUAGCUCUGAGUUAGCGGUGUAUGCAUAUGCUGCUGCUCAAGUGAAGAAAGCCAUGGAGGUGACACAUUAUUUGAGAGGAGAAAAUUAUGUGUUUUGGGGCGGACGUGAGGGUUACCAAUCUCUUUUGAACACAGAUAUGGAACGAGAGCUUAAUCACAUGGCUAGAUUUUUUGAAGCUGCUGUUGCGCACAAAAAGAAGAUCGGAUUCAAUGGGACACUUUUAAUUGAACCAAAGCCACAAGAGCCUACAAAACACCAGUAUGAUUGGGAUGCUGCAACUACAGCUAAUUUCUUGCGAAAAUAUGGACUUAUAGGGGAAUUCAAAAUUAACAUUGAGUGCAACCAUGCCACCCUAUCUGGUCACAGUUGUCACCACGAGCUUGAAACUGCAAGGGUUAAUGGACUGUUGGGUAAUAUUGAUGCAAAUACCGGUGAUCCUCAAGUUGGUUGGGACACAGAUCAGUUUCUCGUAGAUAUCCAAGAGGCAACACUGAUUAUGCUCAGUGUUAUCAGAAAUGAUGGAAUUGCACCAGGUGGAUUCAACUUUGACGCCAAAUUGCGGAGAGAGAGCACAGAUGUUGAAGACUUGUUCAUAGCUCAUAUUGUUGGAAUGGAUACAAUGGCCCGAGGCCUCAGAAAUGCUGCCAAGCUAGUUAAGGACGGUUCUCUGGCCGAGCUUGUCCGCAAGCGAUAUCAAAGUUUUGAUACAGAAAUUGGGGCUAAAGUAGAGGCUGGAAAAGCUGACUUUGAUUUUCUGGAGAAGAAGAUCAAGGAAUGGGGAGAACCAAAGGUUGCUUCUGCAAAACAGGAGCUAGCUGAGAUGAUUUUCCAGUCUGCUAUGUAG